GCAAAUAUCUCACUCUCCCUGCUCCUCUUCUUCUUGUUUUUCUCCUAACUAAUAAUAAUAAGUCCUUUUAUUUGAUAAAGAGUAAUAUUUCAAUGACUAGACCACUUAAAAAAUUCAAACCAAAUAAAACCUUGACACUUUUUCAUUUCUUCACUAAAAUCCAAACUUAAAUACCUCAUACCAUAUUAUUAAUAGUAUUAUCUAUUUCAUUUUAUAUACAUGAUUGCCGGCGAUGCCGACGCCGGUAACCGCAGCUCGGCAAUUCCUCACCGACGAAGCCGCGCGUGCACUAGACGACGCAGUAACAGUCGCCCGCCGUCGUAGCCACUCGCAAACCACCUCACUUCACGCCGUCUCCGCCUUACUAUCCCUCCCAUCUUCCUCUCUCCGAGAAGCCUGCUGCCGCGCUCCCGUUCGAUUCCCGCCACAUCCGUCAUUUUCUCACCGUCUCCAGUUCCGAGCACUCGAGCUUUCCGUCUGUGUAUCUCUCGACCGACUCCCGUCGUCGAAAGGUUCAACCACGGAGGAGCCGCCGAUUUCGAAUUCACUCAUGACCGCAAUCAAACGGUCACAGGCCAAUCAGCGGCGUCAUCCCGAGAGUUUCCAUUUGUUCAAUCAGUAUCAGAAUGGAACGUCGUCGUCUAUGUUGAAAGUUGAGCUUAAGCAUUUUGUUGUAUCGAUUCUUGAUGAUCCGAUUGUGAACCGGGUUUUUGAUGAAGCUGGAUUUCGAAGCUGUGAUGUUAAGCUCGCUUUGCUUCAACCACCGCCUCAAGUUCGUUCUUCUUCAAUGAAAGAACUCUGCUCUAAAUCCAGUUUGAUGGGGUCCUUUGUUCCAUUUGGUGGAUUCUUUUCUACACCUUCUGAGAGCAAAAAUCUUGCAAGCUCUUCAAAUGCAUCUUUUACUCGCUGUAACAAAUGCAAUGAAAAGUACGAACAAGAAGUUGCCAAUGUUUUGAAGGUAGAUCCUGCUAUUCUGUCAUCUAGUUGCUCCACAAGCUUGCCUUGGUUUAAAAAGGAUGUUGAUGUGGAUACACAUGGAGGACUUGAUGUGGCAAAGACUAAUGAAGAAAAUACAAGCUUGAAUGAUAAGAUAUUGGGAUUUCAAAAGAAGUGGAAUGAUAUUUGUCAACAACUUCAUCAAACAAGGGCUCAGGUUCCAUCACCUGAGGGUUUUCGGUUUGGUUCAGGUUUUAUUGAAAGCAGCAGUAAAGAUCCAUCACCUGAGGGUUUUCGGUUUGGUUCAGGUUUUAUUGAAAGCAGCAGUAAAGAUCCAUCACUUAAUGGACUCCAAUGUUCUAAUACAUUUUCCUUCAUGCCUAAAAAUUUGGAUGGUACUUUUCCAUCAAAACAGUUAUCUCCGGCUCUAGUACAUACUGAUACAAUCAGUGUUGAUGUUAGAACUGAUCAUGUGCAGAAAGAUACAGAGACUCAGGAAAUUGAUUUGACAACUCCUUGGGCCGCCCCUUCACGUAUGGCCAAUAGUUGUGUGCUUGAUAACAAAUCAUCUUCGUCCCUUACUACUGUGGCCACAGAUUUAGGAUUGGGAACGUUAUAUGCAUCAACACCAAAUGCUUGUAAGCCAGAUACACCAAGGGUUCAGGAUAAAAUAAAGCAUUUUGAGCGUGUGUCAGAUUCUGCUUCAGCUGAUUGUGUUGCUAUCCAGGGAAAUACAUCAUACCAGAUUGCUAGAUCUUCCUGCUCUGUCUCAAAGUUGUCAGCUAUAUUUGAUUCCGUAGAUUUUAAGUAUCUUAAUAAACUUCUCUUUGAAAAGGUUGGCUGGCAGGAUCAGGCCAUAUGUGAUAUCAGCCGAACUUUGUUCCUUCGAAAAUCCGGCGAAGGAAAGAGUAGAGACUCACAUGGUAGAGCAGACAUAUGGUUUGCUUUCCUUGGACCAGAUAGAGUUGGAAAAAAGAAAAUUGCUUCAGCUCUUGCAGAGGCUAUAUUUGGAAAUACAGAAAGUGUAAUCUCUCUGGAUCUAGGUUUCCAGGACAGAUUUUCCCAGUCGAACUCAAUUUUCGAAUGCCAAAAAUCAUUUUCUUAUGAUGUGAUUUUUAGGAAGACAGUUGUGGACUAUAUUGCUGGGGAGUUGAGUAAAAAUCCUCAUUCCGUUGUCUUUCUCGAUAAUGUGGAUAAAGCUGAUUUUCUGGUGCAGAGUAGUUUGUUGCAGGCAAUAAGAAGAGGUAAAUUUCCAGACUCACGGGGAAGGGAGAUUAGCAUCAGCAAAACAAUCUUUCUUUUAAACUCAUCUGUCUGUAAAGGCAACGACUCUUCUGCAUGGAACGACGGUAAAAUGUUUUGUGAGGAAGCAAUCCUAGAAGCCAAAAGAUAUCAAAUGCAGUUAUUACUUGGAGAUACAUCUGAGGAUGCCAAAAGAAGCUGUAGUACAAAUAUCAAGAUUGUGCCAAGAAAAGGGUUUUCAAAACCUUCAUUUCCGAACAAAAGAAAGCGUGUUGGUAUAAGUGACUUCAAAGAGGAGGAAACAACAAGCAAGAUGCAAAAACAGGUUUGCGAGACAUCAAUCCCCAAUCUUGAUUUAAAUAUGCCUCUAGAAGAGCACGAAGAGGGUAUGAACGACAACGACUGUGAACACAAGUCUGUAGUGGAUAACUCAGACUCCUGGUUUUGUGAUUUAUGCAAUCAGAUGGAUGAAAAAGUGGUUUUUAAGCCAUUCAAUUUUGACGAGCUUGCCGAGAAAUUACUAAAAAACAUUAGCAUACAAUUUGAAAGGACAUUUGGUUCAGAGUUUCAGUUGGAAAUGGAUUAUGAGGUAAUAACACAGAUACUUGCAGCUGCUUGGUUAGCAGACAAGAAAAACUCCGCGGAGGAUUGGGUAGAAAGUGUUCUUGGCAAAAGCUUUUCUGAAGCUCAAAAGAAAUACCAUCCUGCAGAUAAAUAUGUUGUGAAGCUAAUUAACUGUAAAUCUAUUUUUGUGGAAGAUCCUGAUCUUGGAGUAUGCCUUCCAGCUAGCAUUAACAUGAAGUAAUUUUUUUGUUUACUAUGUAGUAUGAUUGUAAUUACUUGUAAAAUGUAGCUUUUAGAUAUAACAUAUGGUAGUUGGUAGCAUUGUUCAGCUAAUUAAUCUCACAUUUUUUAAUGUGUUGAUUUUUGUGUUGUAAGUUCUGUGAUACAAGAAUGUGUAGUUUUUCUGGUAAAAUGUCCUUUCUUUCUAACUUUCUUUAAAUGUAUUGUACCCUAAAAUAUUUGUUUGCAAGUGUUAUAUUACUUGCGAUAAUAUGGCAUUAUUAUUCGCACCACAACUCAGGACUUA